UCUCAUCCCUGGAAAUUGGGCGUGUAGUUUUUGUAUGGCACAGAAAAUACUAUCUUUAUUCAGCGCAUUCUUUUUGGAGUGACUUUUCUCCCGCCGACAUAAAGAGCUCGUUUAACAAGUUCCCGGGGAAGGAGAAGAAGAUAUCACUGCAGUGCAGGCACACCCACCUCCUGUCAGUCACCAGCAGUCAUCCCUCCUUCCCGCUUGUCCAGAGGCUGCAUGAUUGGUUUGUUGUGUAGUCAUGGCGAUGGAGGAAGGCGCGUUGAGCUGUCUGCUGCGCUCUCGCACCAUGUUGGAGCAGGACAUCAAGGCCUCCUACCUGAUGGACCACAUGAUCAGUGACGGUGUGCUGACUGGGGACGAGGAGGAGAUGAUCUCAAAGCAGCCCACCAGGAGGGAUCAAGCUGUGGCCCUGCUGGAGCUGCUGCUGAGGAAGGACAACCGGGCUUAUAUCUCCUUCUACAAUGCCCUUGUCAGGGAGAGCUAUGGUGAUUUAGCCAACCUGCUCCACAACAACCUGCCGCUUAUCUCCCCUGAGGCCCACAAGAGCUUCUCUGACGGCGGCACCCCUUAUGUCCAGACGGUGCUGAGUCAAGGCGGCGUGCCCCAGAGGCCCGUGGUGUUUGUCAGCAGACCGAAGCUGGUGAACCAGGUCAGGGAGAAGCUCUACCGGCUGCAGAAGGAGCCCGGCUGGGUCACUGUGUUUGGCAUGGCCGGCUCAGGCAAGUCUGUCCUGGCUGCUGAGGCCGUGCGCGACCAUGCGCUCAUUGAAGAGUGCUUCCCCGGAGGCGUCCACUGGUUGUCCAUCGGUCAGCUGGACAAGCCGGACCUGCUGGUGAAGAUCCAGUCUUUGUGUUUCCGCCUGGAGCAGAGCCAGGAUCCCCAGUCUGUCCACCGGCCACCCAGCUCUCUGGAUGAGGCCAAGGAGCGCAUGCGCUUCCUCAUGCUGCGCAGAUACCCAAGAUGUCUGCUCAUUCUCGAUGACAUCUGGGACAAUACAGUACUGAAGACAUUUGAUAUCCAGUGUCGGAUACUUGUGACCACCAGAGAUAGAAGCCUCACUGAUUCUGUCAGUGGUGCCAAAUAUGAGGUGGCAGUGGAGAGCGGUCUAGAUGAGGACAAGGCCCUGGAGAUCCUCGCUCUUUAUGUCAACAGUAAACCGCAGAAACUGCCUGAUGAUGCUCGCAGCAUUGUCAGGGAGUGUAAAGGCUCCCCUCUUGUGGUGUCCCUGAUCGGGGCUCUGCUCAGAGAGUUCCCAAGCCGCUGGUCCUACUACUUGCGGCAGCUGCAACAGAAGCAGUUCAAGCGUAUCAGAAAGUCAUCGUCCUAUGACUAUGACGCCCUGGACCAGGCCAUGGCCGCCAGCAUCCAGGUGUUAGCUGAAAACCACCGAGAGCUCUACAAGGACCUCACCGUGCUGGAGAAGGACGUCAAAGUCCCUGCCAAGGUGCUGUCUGUCCUGUGGGACCUGGAGCCAGAAGAGGUGGAGGACAUCCUCCAGGAGUUUGUGAACAAGUCUCUUCUGUUCAGGGACUGUCACCACCGACCCUACCUGUACUACCUCCAUGACCUCCAGCUGGACUUCCUGGCUGAGCAGAACCGCUCCCAGAUAGAGAGCCUGCACACUAAGGUGGUGCGUCAGUACCAGCAGCACUACAAAGACAGUCCUCCCACCUCAGGAGACGAAGAGUGUCUCUACUGGAUCAGAUUCCUCACCUACCACAUGGCCAAAGCCAACCUGUCCCAGGAGCUGUACGCCCUCAUGUUUUCUCUGGACUGGGUCAGGACCAAGGCCCAGAUAAUGGGUCCAGGUCACCUCAUCAAUGACUACGUGGAGCAUGGAGCCAUUCUGGACAAAGAGAACAGUGAGGUGCGCAGUCAGUUCCAGGAGUUCCUGUCUCUGAACGGGCACCAGCUGGAGCAGCGUCCGUUCCCCGACGUGGUGCAGCUCGCUCUCUCUCAACCACACAACUCCGAGGUGUACAGACAGGCUCUGCUGCAGGCACAAGACCGAGCCAGCAAAGGGAAACUCUACUUCGACUGGCUGAAUAAGAGCAGUGUGGAAAGCCUGUCUCGGUUGGUGGUCCAUCCACACCAGGGCUCCAUCUACUCUGCCUGCUUCUCCCACAAUGGAGCCAAGAUUGCCUCCUGUGGAGCCAGCAAGACACUCAGGGUAUUUAAAAGCACCACAGGUGAGAAGCUCCUGGAGAUCCAGGCCCAUGACGACGAGGUGCUCUGCUGUGCCUUCUCCCCCGAUGACCGUCUCCUAGCAACCUGCUCCAGUGACAGAAAAGUCAAGGUGUGGAAUGCGGAGCGAGGCAGCUUGUUGAGGGUGUUUGAGGAGGAGCACGAGGAACAGGUCAACCACUGCCAGUUUACUAACACGACACGGCGCCUCCUGCUGGCCACCUGCUCCAACGACACGUUCAUGAACGCUAAGUUGUGGAACCUCAACAAGCCAUCCUCACAGAACACCAUGUUUGGUCACUUGGAGCCAGUAAAUCACUGUUGUUUCUCCCCUGACGACACCUACCUCUCCACCUCCUCCAGUGAUGGUACCAUUAAGCUAUUCGAAGUGUCGUCUGCCAAUGAGUGGAAGACGAUCGACGUUAAGAGCAUGUUUCCAGAAAGCGACGAACAGACGGAGGUCCACGUCAAGUGCAGCACCUGGUCAGCGGACGGCAAGCGUGUCAUAUGUGCAGCCAGGAAUGCUGUCUUUGUGUUUGACGUGGAGACGGCCGACAUGCUGAUGGAGAUCAGGACCAGUCGUCUGAGCACAGUGCAGUACUGUCACGCCUGUCCCACCAGUAACCUGCUGGCUAUCGCUCUCUCACACUAUGCUGUGGAGUUGUGGGACAUAGAGACCAAUAAGAAGGUGGCUGACUGUAGUGGUCACCUGAGUUGGGUUCACGGCGUUCAGUUCUCUCCCGACGGCUCACAGCUGCUCUCCUGCUCUGACGACCAGACUGUCAGGUUAUGGGAGACAAAGAAGGUGCACACGUCGUCUGCCGUCUCCCUGAAGAGAGACUCCGACGUUCUCUUCAACGGCGAAGUGGUCACUGUGGCAGCUGCAGACAACUGCAACAGACUGCAGGUGCGUGACGGUAAGACAGGAUCAGUGAUGUUCCAGUCGGAGGAGCAUCCGUCCAGGAUCCGCUGCACCUGUAUUUGCAGUCAGCCCUCUGCUGUGGUGCUGGGCCGAGAGGAUGGCACUGUACAGAUACUCGAGGUGCCUUCUGGGAUGGCCUUGGCCACUCUGCUGGGACACACCAAGACGGUGCUGCACUGCCAGUUCAGCCCAGACGGACAAACACUCAUCACAUCCUCAGAGGACACCACUGUCAGGGUGUGGAGGUGGCGGUCGGCAGAGUGUAAAGUGCUGCAGGGCCACAAGGAGCAGAUCCGGCGCUUCACUCUGCUCUCCAACUCGCCCACUGACACAAGACUGCUGUCCUGGUCCUUUGAUGGCACUGUCAAAAUGUGGGACACAGAGAGCGGGCAGAAACUGCAGGAUAUAGAGGCUCACCAGGGAGCCAUUCUGGCCUGUCAUGUCUCGCCAGACGGACGCCUCUUCACCACCACCUCUGCUGACAGGACUGCUAAGGUGUGGAGCUGUGAGUCCUGGCAGUGUGUCCACACACUCAGUGGUCACCAGGACUGUGUCCGAAGCUGCCGAUUCUCUUGGGACAGCCGACGCCUGGCAACGGGAGACGACAACGGAGAGAUACGGCUCUGGAGUGUCAAAGAUGGGUCUUUGCUGAAAAUCUGUUCCCGUGACAACAAGGACGCCAUGGACUCGCUGCACGGAGGCUGGGUGACCGACCUGCACUUCUCCCCAGAUAACUCUCUGCUGGUCUCGACGGGGGGUUACAUUAAGUGGUGGGACGUGGAGCGCGGCGAGGCCCUGCAGACCUUCUAUCCGAUGGGAGCCAAUCUGAAGAGAGUCCACGUGUCCCCCGACUUCUCCACCUUCAUCACCAUCGACAGCAUCGGCAUCCUCUACGUCCUCCGGAGAGUGGUGUGACGAGGACGCCGAAAGACUAAACACCAAAACAUCGAAAACCCCCAAAACACCAAAUUUACUUUGGAAAACUAGUCAGUCCAACCUGUUUGUUUAUCUGUAGGCUCGAUCCGGUGGGACCGUCUGUUGUGCUAUUUAUGGGUGAGCGCCAGUGUAAAUUUGGGGCUUGUUGGGAGAAUGAAUCGCUGGGUGAGAACAGAUAUUUUAUGGGUGUUAUCAACUCUACAUGCGAGCCAACAACAUGCCGGCAUUUUCUCCAGAAGGCACGGUUGUGAAUUUUUGGCUCACCAGAGAUUUGAUUUUAUUCACGAUUCACUAAUUAAGGAUUCAAUAUUUGGAACAAAUCAGUCCAAUUCAGUUCUGUCAAUCACAAUUCAAGCCAAAGUUUGCCAAAAGUUUAUAUCCAUUAAAAAACACAUCCAGUAAUGUAAGACUCUCCUAUUUCCUGAAAUGUGAACACAAUCAGACAAACAUUAUUAUUGACAAAAAAGUGUAAUUUGUAGUAUUCAUAGAUCUUGUUUUCCCCCUUUUUUAAGUAUUGUGAACAGUUUCAUUCAAAGCAUUUUAUAUCAAUUCAGGCUGAAGUCAGGGCUUUUAUUCUGCUUAUUUCUUUCUACAGCAGAUUGAUUCAGUUGAAUAAGCAGAAUUUAUAAUCAAUACAAAGAAUGAAUCAUCAGACCCUGGAAACUGUCGUAUCCCGAAACAACAUCCACUCUCCUUUAUCAGAGUUUACAGUCGUUUCCACUGCCCUGUUUUUACACUGUGGCAGAGACUUUGCUCAGAGCAUUAGGACCAUUAAAUCACUUAAGGUCUCAAUGACAAGUUAACACUUUGAAACCUGGAUCAAGGUCAGAUUUCCUGUGCGGAAACGCCUUUCACAAGCGUUAAGCCCUUUGAAACCUGAGCAAAAUGGCUUGAUUCCUUUCAAAAACAGGGGUAAAAAGGCAAAGAGCAACUUAGCAAGAAAUUACCUGAAAAUCUGUUUAAAAAAGGAUAAAGAAAAUAU